AAAAAUAUUUGUCAGGCACAGAGAAUUAUAAACACCAUCCAGAAUCAGUUUAUACAAGUCGUCUACUAAAUGAAUCAAUUCAACAAGCUGAAUCAUUAUGCCUUUCAUCAGUAAAAUCCAUUCAACAAUAUAGUAAUAGUAAUAUUAGCUCAAAAUUUAAUGAUUUGGUAAUAAAUGAUGAUAAUGACAGCAAUGGUGGUGGUGAUGGGAAGCAAACAAUUAAGGAAGCUUUUCCAGAUGGUUUACCAAUAGAAGAACCACCUCAGUUACUCACUUCAUCUGGUGCUAGCUGGGAUUUCCAAUUGAAUGAUGAUUUACGAACAAUUCUUGCAAGAGAAGUUCCUGACCAUUACAAACAUUACUGUGAAAAUCAAUGGGACAAAGUUCAUAUGCCAACCUAUUUAUUUCUAGCUGGAGCUGAACAUAUAGAACUAAGAACAAAGAUAGCUAAUGCUUGGGUUUUUCGUGUCAGCCUUGAAAAUGGUUGGUCAUUGAUAACUGGUGAGAAAGGAUCCACUGUUAUUGGUACUAGGAUGCUUUGUCAAUGUCUGGUUCAAAGUUUGGAAGCUGUAAUUACCAAUUAUGAGGCACCCUAUUCGUAUGAUGUUUUUGAAUUAGUUGCUAAAUAUUAUAAGAAAAAAAUUAGAAGACUGUACUAUUUUUCUGGGGAUCUUGCAAUGAGAGGAGUUUUCUGUCUUCCAUGCAUCACAGCAACCGUUUUUACUCCCAUUACUUCCUUUCUGGCUAGCUCACAUCAAAAACGUCUUGAUCUGCCAAUCACUGGUCUCAAACCUCCACAAAUUCAGUCAAGGGCAGUAUUUUCUGAAGAUGACAUUCUUGUAAAAAUUCUCAUUAGUGAUUGUGGGGGCAAUGCUAGAGCAAUGGAAGCACUUAAUGAUACAAUUGGUGAUUCAAAUAUCACAAAUAUGAAUCCUAGUUCUGUGAUGCAACGGUUGCAUUUAAUUCUUGCUGACAGAUACAAAGAAAUGCUUGGUAAUCUUAGUUCUGAUGUGGCUCAGGAUAUUGCAAGAGUAAUUCUCACUCAUAAGAAGCUGCGACAUGAUCAAUAUAUUUCAAACAUUGUAAGGAAGACUUCCGAACAGUUGGUACAGCCUGGCUUGAUCCAGUUCCAUAAAAUUGGUGAACUGGGAGAAGGAUACCUUUCUGCACCAUACAUCUGGAUUUGGAUUCUGUCAGACCAAAGGUUAGAUGAAAAAAGUGAUUAUAUCCUUCAACAUUGGAGAUUCAAUGACUAUGUUGAACAAAGGUCCAAAUUACAGGUAGGUCCAGAAACACUUGGUGCUCAAUUCUGGCAGAAUUUUGAAGACUUUGUUGCUAGAUUUCGUUGCAUUAAAUCCCGGAUUUUUAAUGAAGGUGAGCAUGUAAACAUUAGUGAAAUGCAUACAGGGGCUGUAUUGAAUGUUGAGUUUCGAUUUGUGAAUUAUCAUCUUGGGUUCCGCACUGCAACUAAGCAGAUUGAUACCAAUUCAACAUCAGACAACAUGAAGGAAUGGUUUAUCACAUGUACUCAUGAUAUUGUUAAUGCUCGAGAUUGUCAAAAGUUUAUCCUCAAUUGUGCUUCAGCACCUGCUGGAGAUGGCUUUGUUUGUCUGGCCUGUCCAGGACAUACUCUAAAUGAAGUACACCAAUACAAGCAUCUGCAAAAGAGCAAUUUCACUCUAGAUAGCUAUCAGGAUGAAUGUUAUAAAGCUGCAUCAACUGACGAUUUUUUCCUUGCUUUUACAACUCAAAAAAAUUGUAAUUGGGAUGAUAAUCUUCCACCAAACUCAGGUAUUAUACAUGGACAGAAUUGGGGAAAAUAUUUUGGGCCAUUUGCUGGUCGAGCCUUUAUAUUUUCACAGGAUAGUCCACCAGAUAUUAACAGUGCAUCAUACUUGCACCUACAGCUGAUUGAGGGAAUAGGUAUGGAGCAUGCUGAAAAAAUUAUUAGUAAAAGACCAUUCAACAGUUUGGAAGAAGCAAUAGAAAGGACAGGCAUUGAUGGGAAAAUAUUGAAGAGAUUUAAAUUCUCAUCUUAG